UUCUGCCUCCUGCUCGGCGCCUGCAGCUGGGGCUGGGCGCCCGCCGCCAAGCCCAGGGGCCAGGGCUCGCCGCACAUGAACUCCAUCCGCCUCGACGGCGACCUCACGCUCGGGGGGCUCUUCCCCGUGCACGGCCGCGGCGCCGAGGGCAAGGCGUGCGGCGAGCUCAAGAAGGAGAAGGGCAUCCACCGCCUCGAGGCGAUGCUCUUCGCCCUGGACCGCAUCAACAACGACCCCGAGCUGCUGCCCAACAUCACGCUGGGCGCCCGCAUCCUGGACACGUGCUCSCGCGACACGCACGCCCUGGAGCAGUCGCUGACCUUCGUGCAGGCGCUCAUCGAGAAGGACAGCACCGAGGUGCGCUGCGCCGGCGGCGGGCCGCCCAUCAUCACCAAGCCCGAGCGYGUCGUCGGCGUCAUCGGCGCCUCGGGCAGCUCYGUCUCCAUCAUGGUGGCCAACAUCCUGCGGCUCUUCAAGAUCCCGCAGAUCAGCUACGCGUCCACGGCGCCCGACCUGAGCGACAACAGCCGCUAUGACUUCUUCUCGCGCGUCGUCCCCUCCGACACCUACCAGGCGCAGGCCAUGGUGGACAUCGUCAAGGCCCUCAAGUGGAACUACGUCUCCACGCUGGCCUCCGAGGGCAGCUACGGCGAGAGCGGCGUGGAGGCCUUCAUCCAGAAAUCCAGGGAGGACGGAGGGGUCUGCGUGGCCCAGUCCGUGAAGAUCCCGCGGGAGCCCAAGGCGGGAGAGUUCGACAAGAUCAUCCGCCGCCUCCUGGAGACCUCCCACGCCCGGGCCAUCAUCAUCUUCGCCAACGAGGACGACAUCAGGAGGGUGCUGGAGGCGGCCAAGAGGGCGAACCAGACGGGCCACUUCAUCUGGAUGGGCUCGGACAGCUGGGGCUCCAAGAUCUCCCCUGUGCUGCACCUGGAGGAGGUGGCCGAGGGCUCCGUCACCAUCCUGCCCAAGAGGGUCUCCGUCAGAGGUUUUGACCGCUACUUCUCCAGCCGGACGCUGGACAACAACCGCCGCAACAUCUGGUUCGCCGAGUUCUGGGAGGAGAACUUCCACUGCAAGCUGAGCCGCCACGCGCUCAAGAAGGGCAGCAGCAUCAAGAAGUGCACGAACCGCGAGCGCAUCGGCCAGGACUCCUCGUACGAGCAGGAGGGCAAGGUGCAGUUCGUCAUCGACGCCGUCUACGCCAUGGGCCACGCGCUGCACAACAUGCACAAGAGCCUGUGCCCCGGCAAGGUCGGGCUCUGCUCCAGGAUGGACCCGGUGGACGGCGUGGAGCUGCUCAAAUACAUCCGCAACGUCAACUUCUCAGGCAUUGCGGGGACCCCGGUGACGUUCAACGAGAACGGCGACGCGCCCGGCCGUUAYGACAUCUACCAGUACCAGAUCAGGAACGCCACGGCCGAGUACAAAGUCAUCGGGCAAUGGACCGACCACCUCCACCUGAAGCUYGACAGCAUGCGGUGGCCGGGCGGCGGGCGCCAGCUCCCCAGCUCCAUCUGCAGCCUGCCCUGCAAGCCGGGCGAGAGGAAGAAGCUGGUGAAGGGCAUUCCCUGCUGCUGGCACUGCGAGCGCUGCGACGGCUACCAGUACCAGCUGGACGAGUUCCACUGCAAGCGCUGCCACUUCAACGAGCGGCCCAACGAGAACCACACCAGCUGCACGCCCAUCCCCAUCAUCAAGYUGGAGUGGAGCUCGCCCUGGGCCGUGGUGCCCGUCUUCAUCGCCAUCGUGGGCAUCAUAGCCACGCUCUUCGUGGUGGUCACCUUCGUGCGCUACAACGAUACGCCCAUCGUGAAGGCGUCRGGGCGGGAGCUCAGCUAUGUCCUGCUGACGGGCAUCUUCCUCUGCUAUGCCACCACCUUCCUCAUGAUUGCUGAGCCCGACCUGAGCACGUGCUCCUUGCGACGCAUCUUCCUGGGGCUCGGCAUGAGCAUCAGCUACGCCGCCCUGCUCACCAAGACCAACCGCAUCUACCGCAUCUUCGAGCAGGGCAAGAAGUCCGUGAGCGCCCCGCGCUUCAUCAGCCCGGCCUCCCAGCUGGUCAUCACCUUCAGCCUCAUCUCGCUGCAGCUCGUUGGCGUCUGCAUCUGGUUUAUCGUGGACCCGUCCCACUCUGUCAUUGAUUAUGAGGACCAGCGGACUACAAACCCCCACUUUGCCCGGGGCAUCCUCAAAUGUGACAUUUCAGACCUCUCCCUUAUCUGUUUGCUUGGGUACAGCAUGCUUCUCAUGGUCACCUGCACUGUGUAUGCUAUUAAGACCCGUGGGGUCCCAGAGACCUUUAACGAAGCCAAACCCAUUGGGUUCACCAUGUACACUACUUGCAUUGUGUGGUUAGCCUUCAUCCCUAUAUUUUUUGGGACGUCACAGUCGGCGGAAAAGAUGUACAUCCAGACCACGACGCUCACCAUCUCGGUGAGUCUGAGUGCCUCGGUGUCCCUGGGCAUGCUCUACAUGCCCAAGGUGUACAUCAUCCUCUUCCACCCGGAGCAGAACGUCCCCAAGCGCAAGCGGAGCCUCAAGGCGGUGGUGACGGCGGCCACCAUGUCCAACAAGUUCUCUCAGAAGGGAGGUUUCCGCCCCAACGGAGAAGCCAAAUCGGAGCUGUGUGAGAAUCUGGAAACACAAGCGCUGGCCACCAGACAGACGUACGUCAGCUACAGCAACCACGCGAUUUAAGGGCAGCGAGCGCCUGGCGCGGGAGCGGCCGCGGGCACCCCGAGC